AGGGAGACAACAGGGGCUGGCCAGGCUGCAGAGGGACUUCCUGGGAGGCUCCAGCCACAGAAAUCCUAAGCUGAGAUUCUGGAGAUCUUCUCCCUUCCUGCAGCUGUGGGCUGGGCCACGGAAACACUUUCAGUUUUGUUUCCUUGUCUGCAAGAAACGAAACUCAGCAGAAAGACUGAGCAGAGAGCAGAACAUGGAAGAAGCCUUCUUGGUGUGCAGGAACUGCAAAAGAAAUGUAGCCUCUGCCCACUUUGCCCUCCACGAGGUGCACUGCUUGCGGUUCCUGGUCCUGUGCCCGGAGUGUGAGGAGCCUGUCCCCAGGGAAAAGAUGGAGGAACACUGCAAGGAUGAGCACCAGCAGGUUGGGUGUACGAUGUGUCAGAAGAGCAUACAGAAGUCCUCACUGGCGUUUCAUGAGGCCAAUGAUUGCCAGGAACACACUGCUGAGUGUAAGUUCUGCGAGCUGGACGUGCAGCUCAGCAGGCUGGAGCUCCACGAGUCCCGCUGUGGCAGGCAGACGGAGCUCUGCCGGGGCUGUGGCCAGUUCAUCACGCGCCGGGUACUCGCCAAGCACACACGUUUCUGUUGGAGUGAACAGGCCCAGCUCAGGAAAGAGGAAAGAAUUUCGGCACCUGAAAGGGAAAUCCACUGUUAUCAUUGCAACCAAAGGAUUCCAGAAAAUAAGUAUUUCCACCAUAUGGGUCAAUGUUGUCCAGACUCAGAGAUUAAGAAACACUUUCCUGUUGGAAAGCCAAAAAUUCUUCCUUCAUCUCUUCCAAGUCAAGCUGCUGAAAACCAAACUUCCACAAUGGAGAAAGAUGUCCAUCCAAAGGCAAAAAGUAUAAACAGAUUUCCACUUCAUUCUGAAAGUUCAUCAAAGAAAACACCAAGAGGCAAAAGCAAAACCUUGGAUCCACUUUGGAUGUCAGAGCCCAAGCCCAGGACCACCUCCCCUGUUGGAGAUGAAGCAGCCUAUGACAUUCUGAGGAGAUGUUCUCAGUGUGGCAUCCUGCUUCCCCUGCCCAUCCUAAAUCAACAUCAGGAGAAAUGCUGGUGGUUAGCUUCAUCGAAAGGAAAACAAGUGAGAAAUUUGAGCUAGAUUUGGAAAAGAAAAGGUACUACAAAUUCAGAAGAUUUCACUUUUAACAUUGGCUUUCCUGCCUACUUGCUG